GAGAAGCAAAGGAGAGAAUUGUUUGAGAACUCAGUCAUCCAAAAACGGCCUUUCAAUCCGAGCGCUCGGGGAGCCCAAGAAAAUGCCUGUGGCGUCGCUGUAAUGAGCAAAGCAGUAACGCCUAAGAGUUAAAAGAAAAGCGUCUUCUCGGAUUUAACUUUACACAAAGUGGAAAAUAAAAGUAGCACCGCAUUCCUGGAAAAGCAACGCGCACUGCAAGUUUUGGCCUCGUGCUGAUUGGAUGAUGUGGUGGAGGCAGCUUCCCCUGUGUGCACUGCUGCUGUACUGCCUGCAGGAGGGCGCCACUGAGGCCGGUGAUGUUCCUGUCUUCUUGGAGCAGCCUCUCUCAGUGGUGCAGAAGUUGGGGGGCAGUGUGGCUCUGCGCUGCAGUGCUCUCCCUUCCUCUGCUAACAUCAGCUGGCGUCUGAACGGGCGGGACGUGGGCGAGGGGGGCGCGGGGCUGGGCGUGCGGGUGGAGCAGGGCGUGCUGCUCAUCCCCAGCCUCUCCAACCUGACGCUGGGGCGGUACCAGUGUGUGGCCCGGACCCGCAUGGGGGCCUGUGCCAGCGUGCCCGCCACCGUCACCGCCGCCAAGCUGCGUGACUUUGAGACGGACGACCAGCAGGAGAUCGAGGUGGACGAGGGGAACACCGCAGUGAUCCAGUGUCACCUGCCGGAGAGCCAGCCCAAGGCACAGGUGCGCUACAGCUUCAAACAGGAGUGGCUGGAGACAUCCAAAGGGAACUACCUCAUUAUGCCGUCCGGGAACCUCCAGAUCGUCAACGCCACCCAGGAGGAUGAAGGAACCUACAAGUGUGCAGCCUACAACCCCAUCACCCAGGAGACCAAAACAUCCGCGUCCACAGACCGACUGCGCAUACGCCGCUCCACCUCUGAGGCGGUGCGGAUCGUCUACCCCCCCGGCUCACGCUCCAUCAUGGUGACCAAGGGCCAGAGGCUGGUGCUGGAGUGCGUGGCCAGCGGCAUCCCGGCCCCCCAGGUCACAUGGGCCAAGGAUGGCCUGGACCUGCGUCACCAUAACAACACGCGCUUCCUGCUCAGCAACCUGCUGAUCGACGCCGCCUCCGAGGGCGACUCGGGCUCCUACACCUGCCGUGCCGACAACGGCGUGGGCGUCCCCAGCUCCGCCUCCGUCCUGUACGACGUGCAGGUGUUCGAGCCGCCGCAGGUGAGUGUGGAGCUGCAGCAGCAGGCGGUGUCGUGGGGGGAGAGUGUGCGCUUCAGCUGCCAGACGCGCGGAAAGCCGGCGCCCUCGGUGGUGUGGCUGCACAAUGCAGAGCGCCUGGCCCCCUCCCCGCGGCACCGCAUCUCCCCCCGCCUGCUGCGCGUCCUCAGCGUCGGCCCGCAGGACGACGGCGUCUACCAGUGCCUGGCCGAGAACGCCGUGGGCAGCGCCCAGGCCGCCACACACCUGCUGACCACGCCCGCAGUGAGGCUUCCGCCUCCAGACAUCCUGCGGCCUGCCGGUCCUGAUAAGGUCGUGCGGGACCGGGCCCAGAAGCCCGGGCCCACGGGUGCAGGGCAGCCCCAGGACUGCUCAGGGCUCUCUGGGCCGAUCUCCCCAGCUGAGGCCCCGGUCAUUCUCAGCCAGCCGCGCACAGGCCGAGCCGACUUCUACGAGCUCACCUGGAAACCCCGGCAUGACGGGGGUGCACCUGUGCUGGAGUACAUCAUCAAGUACAGAAAGGCUGCUGACCCCUCAGAGGAGUGGACGGUCAGCAGUAUCUCUGGAUCUCUCCACACACUGACUCUGGCCAAACUGGAACCUGCCAGCCUCUACGAGGUGGAGAUGGCGGCCAAGAACUGUGCUGGGCUGGGCCAGCCUGCUAUGGUCACCUUCAGAACCGGCAAAGGGCGCAAGUCUCAGGGUCCUGGAGGACAGAAUGAGCCCAAAACUCCCCCUGUGGAGUCGCCUCGCCUCUCCCCCCCCGAGGCCCCAGACCGGCCCACCGUCUCCACGGCGACGGAGACAUCGGCGUAUGUGACGUGGAUUCCGCGGGGGAACAGAGGCUUUCCCAUCCAGUCCUUCCGGGUAGAGCUGAGGAAGCUGGGAAAAGGGGGCGGGGACUGGACUGUAGCCGUGGCAAACAUCCCACCCUCACGCCUGUCGGUGGAGAUCACCGGCUUGGAGAAGGGAACGUCCUACAAAUUCCGGGUGCGAGCGGUGAAUGUGCUGGGGGAGAGCCCCCCCAGCGCCCCCUCCAAGGCCUACACCGUGGUGGGCAGCGGCCACCGCAACCCCGAGCGUCCCGUCAACGGCCCCUACAUCACCUACAAUGAGGCCAUCAACGAGACCACCGUCAUCCUCAAGUGGACGUACACACCUGUGAAUAAUAACACACCCAUCUAUGGAUUCUACAUCUUCUACCGACCCACUGACAGCGACAACGACAGCGACUACAAGAAGGACGUGGUGGAGGGUGACCGUUACUGGCACUCCAUCACUGACCUGCAGCCUGAGACAGCCUAUGACAUCAAGAUGCAGUGCUUUAAUGAGGGAGGGGAGAGCGAGUUUGGCAACGUGGUUAUCCUGGAAACCAAAGCCCGCAGGCACCCCCGCCCCCUGCCCCCGGAGACGUCCUCGCUGGGACCAGGUCACCCGGGUGGGCCCGUGCCACGCCCCAGCGACCUGCCCUACCUGAUCGUGGGCGUGGUGCUGGGGGCCCUCGUCUUCCUCAUCGUGGCCUUCAUCCCUUUCUGCCUGUGGAGAGCCUGGGCCAAACAGAAGCAGACCUCGGACCUGUGUUUCCCUGCCCCCACCGCGCCCCUGUCUUCCUGCCAGUACACCAUGGUGUCCUUGCAGGGCCGGCCAGCGGUGGGGCACCCCGAGUACCCCCCUCCCAACGGAGACUGCCCCCCUCCCAACGGAGACUGCCCUCCUCCCAACGGAGACUACCCCCUUAAUGGCAAACUCCCCUAUUGCCUGUCCCAGGAGGAAGUGGAGUGUGAGAUGGAGUGCAGCACCCUGCUGCCUCAGACGGCAGCGCCCAAUGGCCACUCUGCCAGCUACACCUACUGCAGCGGGGCUCCAGACAGCAGUGGAGAGGACGACUCCGCCCAGCAGCUCCUCCACACCUCAGACCAGCCAAUCAGCUUGCAGUUCCCAGCGGAGGAUGAGCAGAGUGGGGGCGUGGCCGGGGAGUGUGAUGUCACUGCAGGUACACACAUUGUCCUCUCUGAGGAUUGUGGGAUUGCGGUUAAAGUGGAUCUGAGCUCUGAGAGAGAAACUGCCCUUUCCCCUCCGGCAGCAGAGGAAGGCCACCUGCUUCUGCAGGAGCCCAGCACACCACCACUGCCCCACAAUGCACUGCAACAGGAAGUGCACAGCUGCCAGGCUGGAGCGGAGCUUCAGGACAGAGUGGUACAGGACGCGGCCGACGGAUAAGACCACACAACAGAUAGAAAAAUAUUUAUUUUUGUAUAACAAACAUAUUUAUAUAUUUAUGCUUUUGUAA